CGGGCGCGGGCGCGCGGGAAGGCGGCGGCAGAGGGCGGGGCCGUUGCGGGCCGGCCCGCGGGGCUGAGGCCGAGCCGAGCCGGGCCCGCGCACGCCGGGGGCCCACCAUGCGGCGGCUGCGGCGCCUGGCGCACCUGGUGCUCUUCUGCCCCUUCUCCAAGGGCCUGCAGGGCCGGCUCCCGGGCCUCAGGGUCAAGUACGUCUUCUUGGUCUGGCUGGGCGUCUCUGUGGGCAGCUGGAUGGUGUACGUGCACUACUCGUCCCACGCGGAGCUCUGCCGUGGGCACGUCUGCCAGGUGGUUAUCUGUGACCAGUACCGCAAGGGCAUCAUCUCCGGCUCCAUCUGCCAGGACCUGUGCAACCUGCACAAGGUAGAGUGGAGGACGUGCCUGUCCUCUGUCCCAGGCCAGCAGGUGUACAGUGGGCUGUGGCAGGGCAAGGAGGUGACCAUUAAAUGUGGCAUCGAGGAGGGCCUGGACCCCAAGGCCAGGUUGGACCCGGCCCCCCGGCAGGAGCUGGUGCUGUUCGACAAGCCCACUCGGGGCACCUCAAUUAAGGAGUUCCGAGAGAUGACCCUCAGCUUUCUCAAGGCGAACCUGGGAGACCUGCCCUCCCUGCCCGCGCUGGUUGGGCAGGUCCUGCUCAUGGCCGACUUCAACAAGGACAGCAGGGUGUCCCUGGCCGAGGCCAAGUCGGUGUGGGCCCUGCUCCAGCGGAAUGAGUUCCUGCUGCUGCUGUCCCUCCAGGAGGAGCACGCGUCCCGGCUGCUGGGCUCCUGCGGGGACCUCUAUGUCACUGAGGGGGUCCCACACGGUUCCUGGCACGGGGCCGCUCUCCCGCCCCUCCUGCGCCCACUGCUGCCCCCCGCCCUGCACACAGCCCUGCAGCGGUGGCUGGGGCCCGCGUGGCCCUGGAGGGCCAAGAUCGCCAUCGGCCUGCUGGAGUUUGUGGAGGAGCUCUUCCACGGCGCCUACGGGACCUUCUACAUGUGCGAGACCACGCUGGCCAACGUGGGCUACACCGCCAAGUAUGACUUCAAGAUGGCUGACCUGCAGCAGGUGGCGCCCGAGGCCACGGUGCGCCGCUUCCUGCAGGGCCGCCACUGCGAGCGCAGCUCGGACUGCACCUAUGGCCGGGACUGCAGGGCCCCCUGUGACAAGCUCAUGAGACAGUGCAAGGGCGACCUCAUCCAGCCCAACCUGGCCAAGGUGUGCGAGCUGCUACGGGACUACCUGCUGCCCGGCGCCCCUGCCGACCUGCGCGAGGAGCUGGGCAAGCAGCUGCGCACCUGCACGACGCUGAGCGGGCUGGCCAGCCAGGUGGAGGCCCACCACUCGCUGGUGCUGAGCCACCUCAAGACCCUGCUCUGGAAGAAGAUCUCCAACACCAAGUACUCGUGAUGGCUGGUUCCCAGCCCCCCACCCUGUCCCCACUCCCAGGGAGCUGCCUGGGGCCCCAGAGAGCCACUCCCGCCCUUGGGUCUCCCUCCCUCUUCACCCUACCACCCCGCAAAGGACAGGACCCAGGAGCUGGAGGCCUGGCCUGCAUCCACCUGCAACAAGCCAGGGAAAGGGGUCCUUCCCUCUGCCCCAGAUACCAACAACCCAGAUGGGGGAGCCGCAUAGCUGGAAGAGGGGGGCAGGAAGGAGCACCUGGAGCCUGACCACAAGGGCUGGCUGAAGGACUCACCUGGGACUUUGUUACUUUGAAGAACGUGUGAUGUAAAUAAACAGCUUUUCUGUGAGUGUCCCUGGGUUCCCUCACGCCAUGCUGGACCCCUGCCUCCCAGACCCGCCACCGGCCUUCUGAGCUCAGAGGUGGGGGCUGCUCUUGCCCAGGCUGGACGGAAUGCAGCAUGGUCCUCCGGGUCCCCAUCCGCUGGGGAGGCCUCAGCGGGCAUCACAGCCCGCCCGGACCUUCUGGAAUCCCGAACAGUGUCUGCCAACACUUGACAGUUCCUGCUGCCUUGGCCCAGCAGAUCUCCCCGGUGCAAGCCUCAUGAGCUGAGCACACGUGACUGCUUUCCAACACACCAACGUUCUGCACAAAUGCUUCAGAAAAUAAAUGCAAAACAUCUUACUCUCUUUAACCUUAAAUUGGUGAGUCUGUCACCCCGAGCAGCCAGCCCGGGUCUCGCCUGCUUGUACCAGUGUUGAGCUCUCCACCUGCAAGAAGGCAGGAAAGCCUCAGUCACACCUGUCACUCCACUGGGGUUACCGAGGCCACCCCCCUCCUCUCACCAGAGCCCUGGUUUACAGGGUUCCACACGGGCCGACCUGUCUCCUUGGCAGGACAAAGCCAGGUGCAGCCCUCUGGGGUCCCUCCCCCUCCCCAGCCUGACCAGAUGGCCUCCUGUGCCGCUAGUCUCAAGGGUCCUUAAAACAGGGGUGUAUGUGGGCACGGCUCGGUAGCCCCCGCAGGGAGCGGCAACACACCCCAGGCCACUCAUAGCAGAUCUCAGCCAGACACACAUGACACGCUUGGCAAGGACUUCCAAAAAGCCCUCCAAACACACCUACAGAAUGACCAUUUCCAGGAAGGAGACCCUCUCCUGGUCAAUCCCAUUGUGCCCAAAACUGGCCACCUGCUCAUACACAUGCAUGGCUCACUCGAACCUCCUGAGUGUCAUCUUAUAGACGAAUCAGAAAACCAAAGCAUCUGGUGACAUGCUCGGCGUUCCUAGCUAGAAGCCCGAAGGUAGGUGUGCCCGCCAAGCAGCAAUCCACAGCUGCUAAGGCAUGUUCGGCUACAAACCAUUCUUAGUGCUCACUGUUCUGAGCACUGAGCGUAGAAAUAGCCACUUCCUAUUUGCCCUGACGUCCGAGGUACAGCAGAGCAGCUGGAUCUGGGGUGCCGGCAGGUCCAGCACCGGCAGGGCAGCUGUUCCCUCCCACCCAGCCGGGAGGCCAGCUUCGUCUCUCCUCUUACCUCGGUC